CUAUGCUUAGUAAUCUGUGAUUCUAUAAUCAUUUCUGGUAUUUCUGCUCGAUUUAAUUCCAUUAUCAUUUUAAACUUUCCAAGUUAAUAUUUUAGGAUUUAGUAUCAUAUAUAUUGUUCCAAAAUGAAAGUGGAUGCAAGUGAAAUAGAUGAGACUAUUGAAUGUUCAGAAUUAGGAGAGAACUUCAAAACUCAUCUACAAAAAAUAGAAGAUGUUGAUAUAUUUGAACAAUUCAUCGAUGAGAAUGGCGUUCAAGAGAGGAUAGUCUUCUUGGAAAACAUUGAAAAUGAAUCAAGAUAUCCAUCCAAACACAAUGAUUUUAUUGAUAAUUCUUUAAAAACAGAGGAAUUGCCCCAAAUUCAUAAAGAAUCUUUCUAUUCCAAUAUGAAAAAACAUAAAUGUUACCUGUGUGAUUAUGCUGCAAAUCAUAGAAAUAGUCUCAAAUAUCAUAUAGAUUCAGUUCAUUUGAAUUUGAAAGAACAUAAGUGUCACCUGUGCGAUUAUGCUGCAUAUCAAAAAUCUAGUCUCAAAUAUCAUAUAGAAUCAAUUCAUUUGAAUUUGAAGGAACAUAAGUGUCACCUGUGUGAUUAUGCUACAAAUCGGAGUAAUAUUCUGAAACGACAUAUGGGAACAGUUCAUUUAAAUUUGAAAGAACAUAAGUGUCACCUGUGUGAUUAUGCUGCAAAUCUGAAAAUAGAGAUCAAGAGACAUUUCGAUGCGGUUCAUUUAAAGUUAAAGAAACAUAAGUGUCACAAGUGUGAUUAUGCUACAAAUAGUAAAAGAUGUUUCAAAUGUCAUGUAGAAUCAGUCCAUUCGGAAUUGAAGAAAAAGUGUCACCUGUGCGAUUAUGUUGCAAAUCUGAAAAUGGAUCUCAAAAGACAUUUAAAUUCGGUUCAUUCAAAUUUUAAAGAACAUAAGUGUCACCUGUGUGAUUAUGGUGCAAAUCGUGAAAAAAGUCUCAAAUAUCAUAUAGAUUCAGUUCAUUUAAAUUUGAAUCAAUAUAAGUGUUACCUUUGUGAUUAUGCUACAAAUUGGCAACAGUUUUUAAAAAAACAUAUAGAAUCAGUUCAUUUGAAAUUGAAGGAACAUAAGUGUCACCUGUGUGAUUUUGCUGCAAAUCGCAAAGAUCAUCUCAAAAAUCAUUUCAAUUCAGUUCAUUUAAAUUUGAAGCCACAUAAGUGUCACAUAUGUGAUUAUGCUGCAAAUCGGAAAACGUAUCUUGAAAAACAUUUAAAUAAGUAUCAUUUAAAUUCGAAGAAAAAAGUAUAAUCUAUGUGAUUAUGCACUUAUGGCUCAAAGUUCACCGUCAUAUGCUAGCGUACGAGCGUUCAACACUAUACCAGGAAAUAUCUUUGCUGCUGAUAGUACAAAAUACAAAAAUUUGUCGCCAGCUCCAGCAAUACAUGGAAAUUUUGGAAUGAAGAAAACCUACUUGUUUAUUUUGAUAAAAAUUUAAAUUUAUUCUUUUAAUUGUCAAUAAAGGCCUAUUAUCAUUA